CAAAAACCAAACAAUACACUAAGAGAAACGUAUUUUUGGAAUAUUUUUUUUUAAAUAUAUACAUCAAGUAACACCGUUGUAGCAACACAUAAAUGUCUAUGAGUUUGACCCCGAAGCUCGUGUCCCGAGCAGAAGGAGAGUGUGGUGUAGGGCCAGGCCCUUAGCUUUCGGUCUUCAUCUCGCUAAUAUUGUGUAAAAUGGGCACAUAAUAGAUUAAUUGUACUUAGAACAGAACAAAUCUGCGCUCAAGGUUGAAGAGUAAGUUGAACUCAACUUUCAAGACAGGUAAAGUUAGCAUUCUUAAUAAAAUAUGGCGAAUCCAAAUCGUGAAAGUGUUAGUACGCGCUUCUCGGAUAAUUAUGACCUCAAAGAAGAAUUAGGGAAGGGGGCAUUUUCAAUAGUAAGACGCGCUGUUCAAAAAUCAACUGGAUACGAAUUUGCGGCCAAAAUAAUCAAUACCAAGAAACUUUCGGCCAGAGAUUUUCAAAAAUUAGAAAGAGAAGCUCGAAUUUGUCGAAAAUUACAACAUCCCAAUAUCGUGAGAUUACAUGACUCUAUUCAAGAGGAACAUUUUCACUAUCUCGUAUUUGAUUUAGUGACUGGUGGUGAAUUAUUUGAAGAUAUAGUAGCACGAGAGUUUUAUUCUGAAGCAGAUGCAUCUCACUGUAUUCAACAAAUUUUGGAAUCCGUGCAUCAUUGCCAUCAUAAUGGAGUUGUUCAUAGAGACCUCAAACCUGAAAACUUAUUACUUGCCAGCAAAGCUAAAGGAGCUGCAGUGAAAUUAGCUGAUUUCGGACUCGCUAUCGAAGUCCAGGGUGAUCAACAAGCAUGGUUUGGAUUCGCCGGUACUCCUGGAUAUCUGUCACCAGAAGUGCUUAAAAAAGAACCCUACGGCAAGCCAGUGGAUAUAUGGGCAUGUGGCGUUAUAUUAUAUAUUUUGUUAGUUGGAUACCCACCAUUUUGGGAUGAAGAUCAACAUCGAUUAUAUGGACAAAUUAAAGCUGGUGCUUAUGAUUAUCCAUCUCCCGAAUGGGAUACUGUAACGCCUGAAGCUAAAAGUCUAAUUAACCAAAUGUUGACGGUUAACCCGAGCAAGAGAAUAACUGCUUCUGAGGCAUUGAAGCACCCAUGGAUCUGCCAUCGUGAGCGUGUUGCAUCGGUUAUGCAUAGACAAGAAACAGUGGACUGUUUGAAGAAAUUCAAUGCUCGCCGCAAAUUGAAGGGGGCCAUUUUAACCACUAUGCUCGCUACUCGCAACUUUUCUGGCAAAUCCAUGGUCAAUAAGAAAGGAGAUGGUUCGCAAGUAAAAGAAUCAACUGAUAGUAGUACUACCUUAGAAGAUGAUGAUCUGGACAAAGACAAAAAGGGAGUUGACAGAGCGUGUACAGUCAUCUCUAAAGAGCACGAUGAAGAGAGUCUCACUAAAGCGGACUCGUUUGGGAAGGCUCGCGGCGACAGUAAUGCUUCUCUGCGCCGAGCAGAAGUAAUCAAAGCUACUGAAGUUCUGAUCGAUGCCAUUAAUAAUGGAGAUUAUGAAACUUAUUCGAAAUUAUGUGAUCCCACUGUUACUGCAUUUGAUCCAGACGCACUAGGAAAUCUCAUAGAAGGCGUAGAGUUCCAUAAAUUCUUUAUUGAUAACACCCCAACGCACGUAAAAACAAAUACUACAAUUUUAAAUCCCAGAGUACACUUACUUGGAGAUGAUGUAGCUGUUAUAGCUUAUGUGUGUGUAACGCAGAGUGUGGACGGUGAAGGGCGACGGUCUACAAACCAGACUCAAGAAACACGUAUUUGGCACAAACGCUUCAACAAGUGGACUGCAGUUCACUUCCAUCGCUCCUAACUAGUCCCUUCUCUUAAAGGCUACACUAAGCCAGUGGUAUUUGGUCUCAAAAAACAAGAUUUGUGUAAUGGCGAUGUUAUUAAAAGCAUUAUAUCCUUUCAUAAAUAAGCCGAGACCAUUACAAACAAAUCCUUGGCUACCGAAAUAUAUUUAUAUCUAAUUCUGCUAAAAAUUACACGAAUUUUACUAGUAAUUCUUUGUAAUCUCAAAGAAUUAAGUUAUUUAAUUAUAGGUAAUCAAUCAAUAUAAGCAAAAAAUGCUAUUUCGUUUUCUGUAAUAGUUAAAACUACCAGAACAAACCAAAAAUAAUUUGUGGCUAAAAUGUGAUACUAAUAAAUAUCCAAAGCGUCACGCUAGAUUUAAAGAGGAUAUUAAAAGAAUGAUCUCGGCCACAAUCGAAAAUCAACGAAUAUUCAAUGCAAGCGUUGGUAAAAUCUAUAUCCAAAAAAUCUCAAAUAUAUUACAGAUCUGAUACAAAUGAAUCUUAAACAUUAUCAAGUAACCUAACCUAAUAUAAAAUCUCCAGACAUUUUCAAGAUUUAGAAUUAUUAGCACAUUUCUCAAUAAGUCUCUCUACAUUUUUAACUAUAAAUGUUUUGUCGUGCUUAAAAAUGGUGUUCUAUUUGUUAUUGAAUACCUAGCUAGUAAGAUUAAAAUUAAUGCAGUUAUUGGCACUAUGUACUAAACCUACUAAAAAUUGCCACUUUGUAUUUUUCAAAUAUGUUUACUCUCAUAGAAUAUGUACAAUUGAUAACUUCUUUUCAAAUUCAUGAACUAUUAAAUCUAGUAUUGAUUUAUUAUAUUAUAAUGUUUUAAGUGAAUUAUAUCAAUUUUGUCAAUUUUAGAUUUAAAUAUUGUUAACUUUACUGUGCUUUUGCUUUAAUUAAUCAGAAAUUAGUGUUGAAAAUAUAAUUAUAUUAUAAUUUGCAAAAGAUUAAAAAAUUGUAACUCAAAUAAUUUUAAACUCAAAAAAUAAAUAUAUUAUAACAAUUCUAUAGUGAACUGUGCAAGGAGUGGACUGUUUUAUCAAAGUAAUUAAUUUGAGAGGAGCUUGUAGAGUGAUAUUAUAUGUGUAAUGGGUAGUAAUGAUAAUUGUUGCACAGUUUCACUUAAGGAAUGUGCUAAUGUUAAGUCUGCAAAAAAUUCAGUAUUUUCUAGAAGUAAAUUUAGAUAUAUAAAAACCAUUAACCAAUGUUUUUACAGUUUUGUAAAUCGUAGGAUAGUUAGCAAAACCUAAUUUUUAUAAAUAUACUUCAAAAAGUGUUUGGAAUUGUAAUGUAAAUUGCAUCAUAAAUAACUGAUUUGUGAUUAUAAUGAUAUUCCCACUAUUGAAAGGUAGGUACAUAGCUGUGCCAUUAUCAUUGAAAUUAGUGCCAAUAACUGUACAAUAUAAAAUGUAUUCUAGUCUUUAUUGUUACGCAUAUUAGUAUUUAAUCAAUGUUUUAAUUAAUUUGGAAAAUUAUACAGAACUAAAUACUUACAUGUAAAUAGAUAUGAUUUGCACACCACAUGUUCAAAAGUUGGUAUCAUCUAAAAUUAUUUACAUAGUACUUUUAUUUUUUUAUAUUUUUCUUUUAUACUUGUUGAUUAUUAAUUUAUUUUAUUAUGGGCUCUCCCAUGAUAAUACCUAAAAUUGUCACUAUAUGUAUAUUUUUUUUGUAUUUUAUAAGUAAGACAUUAAAUUUGUAAUUUAUUUAUUGCCAAUUUUGAUAAUUGGCAAAUAGUAUUAUUACUUUGAAUCAAGAUAUUUUUUCAUUAAAGCAUCACAACUAGAUAGACUAGACUUACAUUAAGGAUAAAAGUAUUUCUUGAUACCUCGUCCAUGUCUGUUUAACUAACUGAAUGGUUAAAUUUAAAUAUUUGCUUUUAAAUAACUUUCAUAUAUUUACAUCAUAACUAUUUCAAAAUACAUUGUUAAUGGUUUUGUUUGUUACUAACUUAAAUUUAAAUAUUAUUAUUAAUAUAUUUAUGUAUUCAGAAAGGAGCUCUAAAAGAUAGUAUUGAAACAUUAUAAGAUUCCACAUUAUACCACUAAUUAACAUAUUUCAAAAACAUAUGUUCUCCAAUGUAUUCUCUGUUCUGAAAAAGCUUUUACAUGCAUAAAAUAUGUUGGAAUAAUUACAAAAAUACAUAUUUAUAUUAAAUUCAUAACAAAUAAAAUAUUUACAACACAGAAACAUACCAGUAUUGCACAAAAUAUGUACACAUGUAUGGUAUUACAAAAAAAAUGAACAAUACUUAUACUGAGUAUGUUUAGGAAUGACAUUAUUAACAUAUUAUUGUCUUCCUUCAGCAGUGUUCGAAACUAUUUCAAUGACAUAAUUAUGAUAACUUAAAACAGAAAUUUUACUAUAAAAAUUUAAAAAGACAGCUCUCUUUCUCUCUCAUUGUUAAAGCACUUUUUCCUGAUUGCAUGCACUAACCUACUGGCUUUAAAGUAUUUAGGAGAGCUUUUUUAAAUAUUAAAGUAAUUGAAAUAAUAAUGUUUAUCUAUUCGCAAACUUGUUAUGAUAAUUAAUUAAUAGAAAAUUAGUUUAUGGAAAAAUAUUUGCUUAAUGAUCAGUAAUUCAAGUUACCAUUUGAAUGUUCUCUAUUGUUUAUAGAUUCAUACAUUAAGUAAUGCUAUGUUAUAUUUUUUUUUAAUUUGAGAGGUGAUUUAAAUUUGCUAUUACGUGAGGAAUAUUGCAUUCGCUCUAUGUGCUUCAACGAUUUUAAUUAUAUAAAUCAUUAAAUAAUAUGGGUGCAGUGCAAUAUGACAUAAAUAUAAUUAUUAUUUUUACAAAAACAAUUUCAAACUUGUUAUAAAUAAAAUCUAUUCUCCAUUAGCUAGUUCAUUGCUUUUAAUUAAAUGAAAAUAUUUUGACCAUUCAGCUAGAAUUGGUAUUGUACUAAUGGAGCGUUAUGUGUUAGAGUAUUUGUAAAGCCUAUGAUCUUUAUAUUGAAACUAUAUAGGUGUACUUAAAUUGAGUGAUUAGUAAUAUUUAGUUUCAAUUAAAAUAAAUAUCACACCCCUAUCUAGUUACAUUGAGAUUGUUUUGUGUCAUAGUUAGGUUAACCAAAGUAAUUCAUACUUUAAUGCACCACUAAAUUGUUUAAAAUUUGCUCUUUAUUAUGAAGAUGGUGAUGUUUGUGUAGGAUAAAUUGAAAAUUGUGGAAGUGUAGGUGUAUUAAACAUUUGUCAGUAUAUUUCUAUUUGACAUUAUUUCUUAAACCUCUGCAUUGCCGAUUAUCAUGUAACAUUAUCUAAAAUAAAGUUUUUUUGAUCUAAAA